AUGGAUCUGGGCACCAACAGAAGCAGAUGUGUCUGGAUGACUGUGCUGGGUCUGAUGGGACUCCUUGGCUUGGCUGAAGCUGGGUGUUUGGAGGCUGGGAAGUGCUGUAAAGGUAGAGAUUUGAAAUGUGUUAGCCAGGGCUGGAGGAUGGACAGGAAACAUGGGACGUGUUACUGUGACCAGCUGUGCCAGUCUGCCAUGGAUUGCUGUUAUGACUACCCGCAGGCAUGCCCAGCUCUUUCAUGCGUUGUUGGUGAAUGGAGCCAUUGGAGUGGCUGUGCAAAUCAGUGUACCCCAACAUACAGAGUGCGCAGGCGUGAAGUUCUACGGGAGCCAGAGAAUGGCGGAGAGCCCUGUCCAUAUCUGGAGGAGAAGGCUGGGUGUCUUGAGUAUUUCACACAACAAGGCAUUGAGUGUGGACAUAUAUACAUGCCUGCUUUUAUCACAACUUUUGAGUACAACAGUGCCAGAAGAAAGCGUGCAUUGUCUCCAGACUGGGCUUCCCAUACAGAAGAUCCUGGAUAUUGUGUGGAGUUCCAGAUUGAAUCCUUAUCUCCAGCUUGUCUAACAGAGGACCGUCCACAUGCCCGUUGGAUGCUCUACCUGCGGGAAGGGUACACAGUAUGUGUUGCUUGCCAGCACCCUGCAAUGAAUAUUAGAAAUCAUCGAUGCUAUGGUGAUGGCAGUGACGCCAAUGAAAAUCAGAUUCUUCACUGGCAAGCUGUAGGAAAUACUAGGUGUUACGGGUCCUGGAGAAAAGUAAGACAAGCUGACAAGUGCUCAUGCCCCAUGGUGCACAACUUUAUAUUUACGUAA